UGUCUCCGAGCUGUCUUUCAAGCAGAGCUAAGAAACAAAAUUCAGAAGUGAAGUUGCUAAGAUGGCAUUAGUCAGGGUCACUUUCAAGGGAGAUCGUCCCAAGACCGGGAACAUGCAGGAAAUGAAUGUCUGUAUCUUGGAUUGCCUUGCAGUGAUGCUUUACCGUGACUCUUGCAGGCUAGAUGGCGAGUUUAUGGAACUGUUGCAGACAGUGCUGUGUUCAUCCAAGUGCCCUGAGCAGAUUCAGGUGUUAUGUGCUGCCAUCCUGAGAGAGAUGUCACCUUGCAAUGAUCUGAUCCUCUCCUGUGAUGAGAUUCAAGAUACAAAGCUCUUGAGCAUGGUAUCUUCUGUCCUUUUGGCUCAGGGAAAGAAGUCUGAAGUGUCUGCUGUGGGGCAGCGAAUUGUAAAAGUCCUUGAAAGAAGACUGCCUGAGGGUCAGCAUGCUCGGUACCUUCUUCCUGUCCUGUCAAAUGUUAUCAGUCUUUCACCAGAAUCUCUAACUGAAGAACAGACCAAUGUAGUCAGUAAAAAGAUGGCCGACUGGCUGAGGUAUGCAAGUAUUCAGCAAGGAGUUGCUCAACCCUCUGGAGGCUUCUUCUCCAAUCCCAGAACCAGACAGCCUGGUCCUGUCACAGAGAUGGAUGGUGCCAUUGCCACAGACUUCUUCACAGUGCUCUCGGUGGGUCAGUACUACACACAGGACCAGUGGCUCAACAUGCAAGCCUUCUCCAUGCUGCGGAACUGGCUGCUGUGCUAUGGGGGCAAGGGCUUGGAGACCCCUAAUUCAGGUGAAAAAUCAGGAAUGGACAGGUCUGCUACAUCCAUGGUCUCAACUACAUCCACAUCUAGUCGCCUGCUUCCCCCAAAGGAGCGUCUGCGGGAAAAAGCCUUCGAGUACUGCCAGCGGCUUAUUGAGCAAAGCAACCGGCGACCACUGAAGAAAGAUGAUGGAGACCUGCAGAAAGCUUGUCUCAUUGAGGCAGUGACAAUCAUGGACAUCAUCUGCAAACAGGAUUCCUCCUACAUAUACCGCACAGUCUCCUUCCUGAAAAUCCUGCACGGCAGAAUCUGUGGGGAUGCCGCUUAUGCCAGGGCACUAAUACCUAUUGCCCAGUUCUUCCUGAACCACAGCAAAGUGGCAGCUGUGGAUUCCGAUGCAAUCUACAAACACUUGUUCACUGAUAUCCCGGCUCAGCUCUUCCACAACCCAUCACUGGCCUUCGAAUUUGUCCAGUUCUGCAAAGACAACAGCCAGCUCUUCACUGAGACCUCCAGCAUAUUCAGGCAGAGCUUCCCAAAUCUCUUCAAGUUCCUGGCGUGGAACAGCCCACCCCUUAUCUCUGAGUUUGUGGACCUUCUCCCAUUUCUGCUGGAUGCAAGCACAGCUGUUGAGAUCUUUCAUUUGUUGCUUGAUCUACCCUGUUUGACAGCAGCUCUGGACGUCCAGCUGAGGUCAGCUGCUCUUCCUACCUCUGAGAAGGCUGCCAGCGACCCAGCUGUGAAGCCAGCCACCUGUCUGGAAGCUUUUCGCCAUCCCCUCUACAAGAGCAUGUUUCAGUAUAUUCUCCGCACCAAGUCUGCUCCUGAGGAUGCCCCAGAGAGGCUGAUUCCACUUCGGCAGCUGCUGGGAUCCCUGGCCAGCAGCCCAAGGGUUGUGCAGUGUGCGGAGACUGUCCCUGUCUUACUGGAACUCUUUUUCAGGGUGGUGGCAGAGUUUGCAGAUGGGCCACUGAUAAACCAGCUGGUGGUGCUGCUGCUGCAGAGGAGUGACCAGCUCUAUGAGAUUCCAGCAUUUAAAGAUGACGUGUACAGGGUGCUGAGCUCGCAGCUGGUGGUGCUCUGCAAGCUGCACCCUGCACUCGUCGUGGAACUGUCCACAGAGAUUCUGGAGUUCUCAGGAACAGUCAGCAACAUCCAGAACAAGGAAGCCAUCUUCACCCACAUGGUCUGGGCUAUUGGAGAGUACAUGUCUGUGUCCUACGACAAGCGCUGCACUGUGGAGCAGAUCAACCGUUUCUUUGAGACUCUAGAGGCCAUGCUGUUUGAAAUUACCCAGCUCCGGCCUCUGGCCAGCACCCCCAGCUACGCACCCCGCGCCAUCAGUGCCCUUAUGGCCACCUUGACCAAACUGGCAGCUCGCAGCCAGGACUUGAUCCCCAGAGUGUCCAUGUUCCUGUCCAAGAUGAGGACAUUUGUGCAGAGCCCUGCUGUCACCUCUGUUUACUGUGAGGAAGACCUUGAGGAGAUCCUUAUCCGUGCAACUGAGCUCAUGAACCUACUGAAAAUGCCGAGCGUGGCUCAGUUUGUGUUCACACCACCCGUAGAUGUGGCCAGUACGCGGUUCCAGAGAGAGGUGAAUGACUCCCUCCCUUUUGCCCUGAGGAUGGUCACCCGUCUCCUUGAGCCGAAUCCUGGCUUCGUGCCGGGGUGAGGGCAUGAGGUUUCUGAGAGGCUCCAGCCUCUUAUAACUCAUUGGACAUUGCUGAUGCUCAAGGCCGAGGCCCUGCUCUGGACUGGAAAUGAGGAACAAAUGAUUGUGAAUGAAACAGAAAACAGGAAUAAGUAGAGCUGAGACUGCUCUUUUGGUCUGAGGCUGUUUGUA